UCUGCCCACUCUCGACAUCAAAUGUUUACUGAGCUCCUUUACUGAGCUGAGCCCCAGGGACUCCAUGGGGUGAAGGGCACCAUCCAAGCACCCAAACAAGACCAUCCACAAGGGAUCAAACCUCAUGUUCUUAAAACAGUGAAGAGCACCGAGUCAGGGCUGAGGGCAUAGGCCUGGUCUAUGGCUCUGUCCCCAACCCCUAGUGAGGUGAGGCAACAACCUGCCCCUCUGGACCUUAGUUUCUCCAUGUAGACAAGAGGUCCUUUCCGCUAUGAGUAGCGGUGGGACGCAGGCUGAGGCAGGAUGAGAAGGAACACAAAAUUAGAUCAGGGAGCUGGUGAGGUUGUGACCUGGGGACGGGCAGAUAACUCUUACCAGUUAUUGCGGUGUGGAAUUGAGCAUUCUGCACCAGCGAUGCACAGGCUGCAGCCCAUUCUAUUUCAUUCAUUCCACUAACAGAGCAGCCACCUAACUCUGUGCCAGGCACUGAGCUAGGGCCUGAAUCUGAUGGACAUAAGAGGAUAAAUAAAACAAGCACCCCGAAAACCAAAACGCAAAGCAAGACUUGGUGAGCGGGCUAAAAAGAGACCUUCCCUAAGCUCCUUCCAUCCUCACAAACCCCCGGGGUGUUACGUCCAUUUCUCGAAUGAGAAAACGGAGGCCCCGAGAGGUAAGGGACUUGAUCAAGACCCUGCUGCUUAGGGCGCGCCCUGAUCCUGUGGCUAGCCAGAAGCGAGGUUUCAGAUUCCCGCAGUCUCGGGCCACCGUCCCAAGCUACCCGAAGCUGGAGAGGCCCCGUCCAGCUCCCGGAAGGCUGAGGGAGGUACCUGGCCAAGCUGUCCUCGGUGGGGAGCAUCUCGGAGGAGGAGACGUGCGAGAAGCUCAAGGGCCUGAUCCAGAGGCAGGUGCAAAUGUGCAAGCGGAACCUGGAGGUGAUGGACUCGGUGCGCCGCGGCGCCCAGCUGGCCAUCGAGGAGUGCCAGUACCAGUUCCGGAACCGGCGCUGGAACUGCUCCACGCUCGACUCCCUGCCGGUCUUCGGCAAAGUGGUGACGCAAGGGACUCGGGAGGCGGCCUUCGUGUACGCCAUCUCUUCAGCAGGUGUGGCCUUUGCGGUGACACGGGCGUGCAGCAGUGGGGAGCUAGAAAAGUGUGGCUGUGACCGGACGGUACACGGGGUCAGCCCACAGGGCUUCCAGUGGUCAGGAUGCUCAGACAAUAUCGCCUACGGCGUGGCCUUCUCCCAGUCAUUCGUGGACGUGCGGGAGAGAAGCAAGGGUGCCUCGUCCAGCCGGGCCCUCAUGAACCUCCACAACAACGAGGCUGGCAGGAAGGCCAUCCUGACACAUAUGCGGGUGGAGUGCAAGUGCCAUGGGGUAUCGGGCUCCUGCGAGGUAAAGACAUGCUGGCGAGCCGUGCCACCCUUCCGUCAGGUGGGCCACGCACUGAAGGAAAAGUUUGAUGGCGCCACCGAGGUGGAGCCACGCCGUGUGGGGUCCUCCAGGGCGCUGGUGCCGCGCAAUGCACAGUUCAAGCCACAUACAGAUGAGGACCUGGUGUACUUGGAGCCCAGCCCCGACUUCUGCGAGCAGGACAUGCGCAGCGGCGUGCUGGGCACAAGGGGCCGCACAUGCAACAAGACGUCCAAGGCCAUUGACGGCUGUGAGCUGCUGUGCUGUGGCCGCGGCUUCCACACAGCACAGGUGGAGCUGGCUGAGCGCUGCAGCUGCAAAUUCCACUGGUGCUGCUUUGUCAAGUGCCGGCAGUGCCAGCGGCUGGUGGAGCUACACACAUGCCGGUGACUGCCGCCCAGCCUGCGCCAGCAACCACCUAGUGGCCCAGGGAAGGCCGAUAAUUUAAACAGUCCCCCACCACCUA